AUGGGGCGUGCGGAGCAUCUCAUGACCUUGGCCAAGCCGGAGCCCAAGCGCAUGCAUCACGAGGAGCUCGAGGCAAUGGCAGCUGUGCGACAGAUGGAGGCCCAGGCCAAGCAUGACCUCGAAGUGGCGUACAACGAGAAGGACACUGCCACACAGGAGGCCUCGACGGUCGAGGCGAGCACGAAGAUUCGUGCCCUCGAGAACGAGAAGACCCGUCAGAUCGCCAUUGCCAAGCAGGAAGCGGCAAAUGCCCAGCAAAUUGCAGCUAGUGCUGCAGCGGAGAAGCGGCAUGCAGAUGCCGAGAUCGCCUCCGUGGCGGGCAUGGUCCGGGAGGGCCAUGCGGCCGAAGCCAAAGGCCAACAGAUGAUGAAGGAAGCCAGCCAACAGCAGGCUAAGCUCUCGGAGACGCAGAAGGAUGCUGAGAAGGCAAAAGAAUCCGCAGAGGCGAGCUUGGCGAAGGCUCAACAGAUGGAGCAGGAAGCCGAGGAAAAGGCGCAGAAGGAGCAGCAGGAAAUCGAGGAGGCCAAGGAAGCCAAGGAUCGGGCCAGCAGUGAUGCAGAAGCCAUGGAAGAGCAUUUGGACAUCAAGGAGAAUCGUUACCUGAAGCUGGGCCUCUUCUUGGCCACCCUCCUUGCCUGGGUGGCAUUUAUUGCAUUGAUCUGGUCGCGCUACAAGCAUCAAGAGCUUCACGACCACCAUCUCAACAUGAUUGUUCGUCUGAACGGCGACAAGAUGGAGUGCCAAGAGCUGCUGCACGAGACCCUGGAGCGCAUGAGGCAGCCCAGCAUCCAGUCGAACCAGGAGCCGCCUCACACGCUCAGCCAGCCUUUGCUGGGGGACUGCAACAUGGAUCCGACGCCGCCGGCACCCAACAAGGGUGGAUGA